UCCAAUUUCACCUGAGGCGUUCUCUCUAACGAACUUCCUGAAGUCUCACCCGUGAGUCCUGCUGUGAACCUCUAUAUGUGCAGAACAAAUAUAAUCUAUGUAAACACUAGUUUAAGUUGCCAAUGAUUCCUGGUGUUUGUUUGUUUUCCAGUCAGAGAAAGCUUAUCAGGAAGUUCCUCAAACAAAUGGUAAGUCCCGCAUUUUUUCUGCUUUCAAGGGUGGAGUGAUCAUUGGAAACAACUAUCUUGUAACAUAAAAACUACUAGCUGUCAGAUUGUUUUCUGUUUCUCUUUCUAAGAACGUGACAAUAGGCGACCUGGACGAAACCAUCGAGUGGGUGGUGUGUGUCUCCAGUGAGGUGUUCCUCCCAGUGAUGGCUCUGCACAGGACCUCCAGACCAGAGUCGUCAGACUCGUCCCGCUGGGGGUCAGGUGUGCUCCAGAUCGUCUCUGAAAAGUUCCACCAGCGGAGUUCUGAGCCGAAGGGAAGGCUCCUGGGCGGGCAGCCGCCCACUCCCCCUUCUGAGACCGACAAGGAGCUUCAGGGCAUAGCAGAUCUGUCUGUGGGUAACAUCCUGAAAAGGGCCCAGGAGGACCUCUUCUCUUCUGGUGAGGAUGACCUGGAGAACACCCAUCCAGGUAUUACUCUGACAGAAGAGAAGCUGUCCAGAAUAUUCUCAGAGCUGUUCAGGGAUGCCUGUGAGAGUGCCCAGGAGGCCGCCAGACGGAUCCACCACAUGAGGUCUGGAAGAGGCAACAACAGCCAGAAUGGGAGUUGGCCUGGGUCGUCACAGGGAUCGAGCAAAUCCAACAUGCCAGAGUUGGGAGAACUGGGGUCAGUGAGGAGUCCCAAGGGAAGUGACGUCCAUAAAGUCCUUAGCGAGGGGUCCCUCCCUGUCUUUGCCCUGUUUGAGGAGAGGCCAGGGGAAGUUGGGGAGACCAGCAGCCCUGCUGGGGAGAUGGACGAGACACAGACUGCCAGCACUCCCAGCAUUCCCCGGUCUGGGCAUGGCGGCAGAAGGAGUAGCCAGACCACCACUCCCACCCCCGGCCACAGAGAGGCAGGAUUCACAGCCAGUAACAUCUUUGAUGUUAUUAUUCAUCUGGCGCACUCUGACACUGACCGGGAACUCCACCAGGAGUUCAGCAGUGAGGAUGAUGUUUCACUGAAUGACAUCAUGGACAUGAAGUCAACCCCGGCAGUGGAGCCCCUGGGUCAGAUCCUGUCCUCAUGGAAGCUGGUCAACAUGAUCUUCAGGGGGAAGGUCCACUACUUUGGGAAGGAGCUCAUCUGCAAGGUGUAUCAGAUGCUUCUGGACACCGGUAUGGGCAGGAGGCCAAUGGCCCGCCAGAGCAGGUCCGAGCCCAUCCUGAAAGACCUGGCUGACAACCGUAGGCUCUCCAAUGAAUUCUUCACAGACGUGCUGUACAUGUUCAUCCAACGGGCCAUUAAGAAUCUGCUGGAGAACUUCUUGGGUCUGCCGACCACCCCACCAGGCAGAGACAUUAUGUGGAAUGACAACUUUAACUGGAUGUAUAGGGACGGCUGGGGGAACACCCCCACAUCCAGCGAGGAGGAAUUGUGGGACAGCGACUCCACCUGGUCAAGUGGGCAUGGGGAGGAGGAAGGGACAGAGUCCCGUGGGAGGUGGGCCGCUCUGUUGGAGAAGGGCAGCUUCCUGACCCUCCAGUCCUCCAGCUCCCUCUCCCUCUCCGAUGACAACAAGGAGGCACUAGGGGCCGUCUGCCAAGUCCUGACCACCAGGGUGGGAGACAUCCUGAACAGUACCUGCAACGACGAUUGCAAGGCCAGGCUCAUCAUCCAGAAAGGAUUGGAUUCCGGUGCCAGGGAAAGGUUCCCUGACUUUCCGUGUCCCUCUUCACCCAAGGACGAAGAGGAGGUGGUUGUGAGUGCCAUGACUGUCUCAUACCCUAAACCCUCCACCUCAACCCAGGCAGCAUGGGCAGCUCCUGCCCAGACUCUGGAUGUUUUUCUGCCCAGACCCUGCCUGGAUGAAGAAGAGGUAGUGCCCAGCACCUCCUUGAAGGACAACUCUGUGACGACCACCCAUGCAGCACUGGCAGCUCCUUCCCAGACCCUGGUAGAAGAGGUGGGAGAAGCUGAGGUGUCCAACGUGAGUGAGUGCUCCCUGAUGCCCACCAAGGCCCUUGAGAAGAUUCCCUCCCUCCUACCAGGCAAGAUCCUUAUCGAGGAGGACACCCUCAGUUGCAGCACUCCCUGGGCCACCGUCAUGAGCCCCCAGACCCUGAAGUUUAUCCUCCACGGCAUCAUGUGCCGACUGGAGGCCUCAGAGUCCCCCCAGACAAGGAGGGCCAAUGACCCCUUCAGGCUGAUGAAGGAUCUCUUUCUGGAGGUCCAGCAUGCCCUGAAGUAUGCUGACAUCUCUGUCCUCUUUGGCCUGGAGGAGAGCAUCCAAUUCAUUGGGGAGGAUGCGGUGAAGGCCAUCGUGAAGACUGCAGCUAAAAGAUUGUCCCUGCGUUCGGACUCCAACCGGGCUCAACUGCGUGCCGCGCGCUCUGGUGGUGAGGCAGCCAUCAGGUGCAUGGCGGACACCAUCACACAAGUCAUAGAUGACUAUUCCGAGGACUGGAGUUCCGGCGGCCAUUUUGGAGCCAGGAGGAGCCGUGCUAGUGGGAGGUCACACUCCUCAACCUCCUCAAGGAGUGACGUCACCCUCACCGAGGAGCUCCUGGCCCGGAGAGAAUCCCUUGAAGAGGACCUAGCGGAGAUGGCUGAUGACAGCACUGGUUUGGAGAAGACCAUUGUAAGCUCAGCCAUCUCUGCCAAGUCCCAGGUAAUUAGCUACAUUUCUGAGAGCUCCGAGCCCAACAGCUGUGCCCUCUUCACAGACCUCGAGGACAUCACCUCCACACAUGUGAGACAGACAAGAACUAGUAGAUCGUUUAGUUAUUUGGGCUGUUUGAUUGUGAGGCAUCAACUCAAAUCUGUUUCUCUCUCUACGAAGGAGAAGGAUAAGGAAGAGGCUAUGAAGGAAGAAGUGAGGAAGUCAGGAAAGAAGAGGCGAAGAAAUAACAAGGACCAGAAGAAGAACAAGGUGUCUCCUCUUGGCAAUGAUAGUACUGUGGCUGCAGAUGAGCCGAAGAAAAAACAGGCUCUCCUCCCGCGGAUCACAGCUGCCCUGGCAAGACUAUUUUGCUUCCCCUGCAAAAAAAGAUGCAAAAAGUAACUGUGCAGAGACGAGUUUGGGAAACCCUGAUACCACCUCCCACAACCCACUUUCUAAAAAAACAUCAGUGCCACCAGAAGAGGGAGACAACCCCCCCCUAUUCACAACUCAUUUUAUUACCCUCCCCCAUUUAAUUUAAUAAACACAACUUUCAGCUAUUUUGAUCUUCUUUACUUUUUUUUUUACAGACCCACCUGCAUGCUAUAGAUUUGUAAGGUCAAUUUGCUGU